AUGUCUCAGGCCCCUCUGGACACCAUAGCGCCACGCUCCAGUUGUCUGGAUCUGUGGAGAGAAAAGAAUGAUCAGCUGGUUCGACAGGCCAAGGUGACUCGGGAUUCCCGUCUGUUACUGAGGCAACAACAGUUGGCUCAGAAUGUACUGCAGGGGUUCAGGGAGCUGCUUCAUAGUCUGCAGGGACUUCCUGCUGCUGUUUCUUUUCUCCCCUUGGAGUUGACUGUUAUCUGCAACUUGAUAACCUUGAAAGCCAGCAGCACCCAGAGCUUCUCUGGAGAUGAGGCCCAGACUAUCCACCAGGGCCUAGAAAGAGUGCUAGCGGCCCAGGAGCAGCUGGGACCCAGCCUGGAAUGUGGGCCCAGGGAGCUGUGGGACUCAGUCCUCCAUGCCGCCUCCCUUACACCUAAGCUACUUCCUGCCCUGCACCACCUUGCUGCCCUUCAGGCUGCCCUCUGGCUGAGCACCGACAAUCUUGGAGACCUGGCUUUGCUGUUGCAGUCGCUGAAUGGUAGCCAGGGUGGGGCCUCUGAGGAUUUGUUGCUGUUUCUAAAGUCUUGGAACCCUCCUUCUGAGGAAUCAGAUGCCCCACUGACCUUGCAGGACACUUUGGACUUAAGAGAUGUCCUUCUGACAGCAACUGCCUUUCAUCAAGGCCUCCAGGAACUGAUCACAGGGAGCUUACCCAGGGCACUGAGCAGUCUGAAAGAAGCAGCAUCAGGUCUAUGUUCACAGCCUGUGUUGGUCCAAGUGUAUACAGCACUGGGGACCUGUUUACGUAAGAUGGGCAGUCCACAGAGAGCACUGUUGUACUUGGUUGCAGCCCUGAAAGUAGGACCCAUUUGUGGUCCCCCUCUUCUGGAGGCCUCCAGGCUAUAUCAGCAACUGGGGGAUACAGCAGCAGAGCUGGAGAGUCUGAAGCUGCUGGUUGAGGCCUUGAGUGUCACCCAGAGCUCUGCAGCUCCUCAGUUUCUCAUUGAGGUAGAGUUGCUACUCCCACAACCUGACCCAGCUUCACCCCUUUACUGUGGCACACAGAGCCAGGCCAAACACCUGCUAGCAAGCCGAAGCCUACAGGCAGGCAGGGCAGAAGAUGCUGCUGAGCAUUACUUGGACCUGUUGGCCUGGUUACUAGAUGGCCGAGAGCCAAAGUUCUCUCCACCCUGCUGCCCCCCAGGGCCCUGUGUACCUGAGGUGUUCUUGGAGGCAGCUGCAGCACUGAUCCAGGCGAACCGAGCUCAGGAUUCUUUGACUGUAUGUGAGGAGCUGCUCAGCCGAACUGCAUCCCUGCUUCCCAAGAUGCCCUGGAUGUGCGAAGAUUCCAGAAGUGGAGCCAAGGAGCCCAUACACUGUCCGCUCUGGGUCUCUGCCACCUACCUGCUUCAGGGCCAGGCCUGGGUGAAACUUGGGGUGCAAAAAGAGGCAGUUAGUGAAUUUAGCCGGUGCCUUCAGCUGCUCUUUCGAACCACACCUGAGGACAAACAAGGGUCAUCCCCUAACUGUGAGAAGUGCAGACCAGAAGUGGCACUACAGCUUCGAUUAGCUGCCCUGAUUAGUCGUGGACUGGAAUGGAUGGCCAGUGGCCAGGAUACCAAAGCCCUACAAGACUUUCUCCUCAGUGUGCAGAUGUGCCCAGGAAAUCAAGAUGCUUCAUUUUACCUGCUUCAGACUCUGAGAAGGCUAGAUCGGAAGAAUGAAGUCUCUGCUCUCUGGCGGAAUCUGAAGGCACAAACUAAGCUGCUGCAGGAAGAUAAAACAUGGUCUCUCCCCCUAUAUCUGGAAACCUGUUUGAGAUGGAUCCACUUCCCAGACCGGGAGACCCUCCUGAAAGAGUUUCAGUCAUCUCAGUUGGAGUCUUCUGAUUCUGAAGCUGCCAUGUUUUCUAGACCAGUUUAA